GUGGACUGAAUAAAUAACGAGUGAGAUGCGGCUGAGAGGAUGAGAUGAGUGAAGGAGCAGCAGAGGAAGUAGGAGGCACACACUUCAUAGUAGCUGCUCAUAAACUCUCUGCUUCUGCAGCUGUGCGUUGUAGAAGCGUCUAGACUCUGAAUCCCGAGCAGCAUCUCGACGCUCUCUCUCCUCACUCUUCACUUCUUGCUCCUGUUUGCGUGUAAGCCUUGUUGUCAGCGUGUUCCCACGGCCACGCACCGCGAUCCAAGUUUGUCGCCUGCCUUUAACCGCACUUCUCUGCCGCAAACAGGUUGCCCACUAUCCCUGCGCGUGUCCUUCUGCUUCCAACUUGAUCGAUCAAGAUGAUGAUGAUCAUCGCUGAGUUCUUCGUGGUCAUUUUGAAAGUGCUCUGGGCUUUUGUCACCGCCGGGUCUAAAUGGGUAGUGCGGCCCAAGGAGAAGAGCGUGGCGGGACAGGUGUGCUUGAUCACCGGCGCCGGCAGCGGCCUCGGGCGGCUCUUCGCCAAGGAGUUCGCUCGGACGCGCGCGAUACUCGUGUUGUGGGACAUAAACAGCCAAAGCAACGAGGAAACGGCGGAGAUGGUGCGACAGAUUUACCAUGAACUGGACGCUCCCAUCACAAAAGACGGACCCAUUGGAGGUGUAGAGGAAGUCCCUCCCUUUCAGCCGCAGGUCUACACCUAUGAGUGUGAUGUGGGGAAGCGGGAGAGUGUGUAUUCCACAGCCGAGAGGGUGCGUCGAGAGGUGGGAGAGGUGGACAUACUGAUCAACAACGCCGGUGUGGUGUCUGGUCAUCACCUCCUGGAGUGCCCCGAUGAGAUGAUCGAGCGCACCAUGGUGGUCAACUGCCACGCACACUUCUGGACCACCAAGGCAUUUCUCCCCAAGAUGCUGGAGCUGAAUCAUGGCCACAUUGUGACUGUUGCCAGCUCUCUGGGUUUAUUCAGCACAGCUGGAGUGGAGGAUUACUGUGCCAGCAAGUUUGGUGCCAUUGGGUUCCACGAGUCACUGAGCCAUGAGCUGAAGGCUUCGGAGAAGGAUGGCAUCAACAUGACUCUGGUGUGUCCUUACCUGGUCGAUACUGGAAUGUUCCGAGGCUGCAGGAUAAGGAAGGAGAUUGAGCCUUUCCUGCCUCCACUGAAGCCAGAGUUCUGCGUGAAACAGGCCAUGAGGGCAAUUCUCACCGACCAGCACAUGAUCUGUACGCCUCGCAUCGUCUAUAUGGUCAACUUCAUGAAAAGCAUCCUGCCCUUCGAGGCCAUCGUGUGCAUGUACCGGUUCCUCGGCGCCGACAAAUGCAUGUACCCCUUCCUCGCUCAAAGAAAGGAAGCCAUGAACAACAACGAGGCAAAGAACGGCAUCUAAGGAGUGAGGGGGGGGCGCUGUUCCGCACACAACAAAUAGGGGCACAUGAGACGUGCAGGAAACAAACCACUGAGAAUGAAAAUUGGGGGAAUAAAAGGAGGAGAAGAAAAGACUGAAUUGAGACUGGUGCACUUGCAUUGAGCAAAUGCAAAGGUUUACCAUAUUGUUCCUCUGGAACAAAGAAAGCUGUGUACUACACAAAGGAUUUAUUUUGACUUUUGUUUUUGUGUCUCUCUCUCUCGUUUUUUUGUUUAUGUUGUUUAAAGAAACCAACAUCUAUUUACUAUGUCACUAGUUUUGAAAUCAUACAGAAAAGAUAUCCAUUAAUUAACUAUUUACAUAAAGUAGUCACCAGCCUUAUCUAGUGUCAUCGUGGAACUAUACAGUAUGUUACUGUACAAACAGUAAAAAGUUGUUUUUGUUUUUUUUCACUUUUAUUUUAUUUUGUAGACAUGCACUGUAAUUUCAGAUUGUGUUUUUUUUUCUCUCUACACUGCCAGCAGCCUACGCCCCCCCCCCACCCGAACUGAUCCCAGUCUGUGCCAUUUAAUUAAAUAACCCCGAGACACAUAUUUCACAUUUCAACUUUCACCGUAUUUUGUUUUCGUUGGAACAUUACGUUAAUAAUGAAAUCCACGCAUUCCUAAUGGGACAUUCAGUGGCCAGAUUUUUGGCUUUCUUUCCACAGGAAGUCGCCCCCCCCCCCCCCACCCCCACCCUGGCUCAAGGUUCCUGCCAUUUCACGUCAGCGUUGACAAAGCUCUCUAAUGAGAAGUGGACGAGGGAGUCGAUGGGGAGAAAAAUGGGAGAAGGAAAAACUAAUUAGUCUCUUCAUUUGUCUUUAUUUUUUUAAGAUCUGUGGUGUUUAUAUUGUAAAUUUGUGUUGCCAAUAUUAUUUGUUUAAAAAAAAAAAGAACAAUAAAAAACAACAAAGGCUGUAACUCCAGGUGAACCGCUGUCCCAUACUGAUGAUGUGUGUUUGAGGGAAAUGUAUUAAGGACACUAGCUUUUUUUUUAAACAUCCCUUUUCCCAAAGUAACACGUUAACUCCCAUCCAUUGUCCUCCGUGUACAGUUAAAGUGAAAUGUAAAUGUUUAAAUGUUGUGAAUACACCCCCGUUUCCCCCCCCAAAAAAAGCCUCUCUCCACCAUAUUUUUGAUUAUUAAUAUUUUAUAUUCCUUUGGGACGACAAGAGUUUUUGAAUUUCAAUUACAUUCCAUUAGGCGUCAUUCCUUCAUUCAGUGAUGAGCCUAAAUUCUCUACCUCUUCAUUAUUAUGAUUUUUUUUUAUUUCAACAGUAUGACAUAAGCCUCCUUUUUUCAUUUUGUAAUUUUUCUGAUGACUGCUCCAUGACGGAGCACAUGUGGUUCCAUUGUUUAGUGUCUCUACCUAACUUAAAUUAAUAAAAAAAAAAAGUGAUUUAGAUUAUAA